GUACACGGAUAGUUGGGAGCGGCUAGAGGACAGGAGAUUACCGAGGAAGCGAGAUUUCUGCAGUACGUUGACAGAGACAAGGGUUAAGGAGAAAGAUUUUGAGCACGCAAAGUUGGUCUGGGACCACAUUGAUUGCGAAACGCUGGGUGACUUCCAGAAUUUGUUCCUUAAAAUCGAUGUGUUACUAUUGGCGGGCGUCUUUGAAAACUUCCGCGAUGUGUGUAUGAGGGCAUUACUUUACCGCCCCAGGCUUGACUUUUGACGUGAGGUUGAAGUUUACGGGUGUAGUACUCCCGUGCUACACUUGUAUACUUUAAUUAUUUAAUGACGUGCUUCGAUGUCCAGUUGUUGAUAAUUUUGGUAGAGUCACAAAGGUAUUACGUCAAAGAUUUGUUUAAUAAAAUAAUGUAUAAUAAAUGGUUACAAAGUGAAAUACAUUUACACUUUAGAAUUUGAAGGCAGAGCUUACGCUCGGCACCUAAGAACUACGUGCAGUAAGCUAGUGUUGUGUUCCCUUUUCGGUUAUGUCCGUUGUGGGUUUGUAGGUUCGUCUUCGAUGUGGAAACAACUAUAUUAUUUUUAGAUUGAUUCCCGGAGGAUCUUAUUAGGUAAUAAAUAAAUAGUCUUUGAUUCACUUAACUAAAUACUUUUAUUGAAUACGAAUUCACAUGAGUCCCGUGUAUAAUAUAAAAUACGACUGCCGGCGACGCUAAUUUGGUAUUUCGUUAUUGCGUCGACGGACAUUGCCAAAAAGUGCUUAUUGUGUUUAUUGUGCUAAUUACUCAGAAAUUAUAAACAGGGGUUCGUAACACUAGUAAGAAGUAAUUCAAAUCUAUAUACUAAAUUAAUACCCUUAUAUACACAUGACCUCUUGUCCGUGGCGUGACCCUGUCAAAGCUACCGGAUAAGCUCACUAAAAAUACAUGCAUAAGAGUUGUUUACCCCGAAUAUUCAUGAAUAAGCCAUAGUUUACAAAAACAGUUAUAAUUAAUGUAAUAUUUCAUAUUACGUUUUUCUAAGUAUCCAUGAAUACGCGUUUCCUAAUCGAAAAGGCCAAAGGGCAAAAUCAUAUGUAAAAAUAUAUAAUACUAGGAAACGUCCAACUACACGAGUAACACGGUUUACUACACGGGGCAGAAACAAUUAUUACAUGAUUAUGACAUGCUGUUGAUGUUCGAGAAUGGUUAGUAUAUUAUUUUUAAAAAUGUACAUAUAAUAAUCUUAUUUAUUUUUUAUAGGUAUACGUGGUGGACUAGCGAGGACUAGUACAAGCGAGCAAACGGUACGCAAAGGCAAACAACACGAAGACCCCGGGGUAUGAUGAGGCGAAAGAGAAAUCUUGGAUAGUAUAUCAGGACUGUAACAAUUCGUAUGGGUGGGCAAUGUCCCAGUACAUGCCGUACGGUGGAUUCCACUGGGUUGAACCCACAAUGAAUGGUUUGAAUGAUUUAGAUGCCACAUCGCCAAUAGGACGAGUGUAUGAGGUAUAUGUGACAUAUCCACCAAGAUUGCAUACUAUCCACAACGACCUCCCCUUCCCACCACAAAAUAGUGUGCCGCGUGGUUCAAAGGUGAGGAAGUUAAUGGCAACGUUUGAGAAGCGCUUCAAGAAGAACCAUAUUAUCCAUUAUAGAAAUCUACAGCAGGCGAUUAAGAAUGGUCUGAUAGUUAAAAAAGUACACAGAGUUGUCCAGUUCAACCAGUCGGAUUGGCUGGCGAAAUAUAUUGAUUUGAAUACGGAGAUGAGGAAAAAGGCAAAAAAUGCGUUUGAAAAAGAUUUCUUUAAGCUAAUGAACAACGCUGUAUUUGGAAAGACUAUGCAAUCGAAGAGGGAGGAGAUGAAGAUAGAGUUGGUGUCGUGUGAGAGGAGGCUACUGAAAUAGAUCAACAAGAAUACAUUUAAGCACUGUGUCAAUUACACUAAAAAUCUAAAUGCUGUUGCUCUGGAGAAUAAAAUGAUAAAAUUUGAUAAACCCAUAUAUAUUUGAUUUGCAUUAUUGGACAUAU